AUGAGGUUCUCCCUUGCUUCUACCCUGGUGGUGACGUUGGCUGCUCAGGCCACAGCAAACAGCUGGUUCGGCAAGUCUGUCUACGACAAGUGGCACGAGACGGAACUUGAGCGCUGGCUGUCGGACAACAAUGUCCCCCACCCCGGCCCUUCAGACCGUAAGAACCUGCAAAAGGCUGUUGCCGACAACUGGAACGACAAGGUCGUCAACCCCUACACAAGCUGGGACGCCAAGUCUCUCACCAACUACCUGACUGCUCGCGGUCAGCAGGCGAAGAAGGGCACCGAGAACGACGCAAAGAGCCUCGCCGAGCAGGUCAAGGCGUACUGGUACGAGACCGAGGACUCUGCCAACCAGGCGUACAGUAGCGUUAAGGACUGGGUUUUUGACUCCUGGACCGACUCUCAGCUCAAGGCCUUUGCCGACAAGAACGGCAUUCCCGUUCCCCAGCCCCGCCAGCGCGAUUCUCUUCUGAAGAGCGUUCGUGAGAACUACCAGUCUGCUGCCGACAAGGCCAAGGAGACUGCCAACUACCCCGGUGACUGGAUCUACGCUUCCUGGUCCGACUCUGACCUCAAGUCGUGGUUCGAUGAGCGCGGCUACAAUGUUCCCCAGCCCUCCACCCGCGACUCUCUCAUUGCCAGCCUCCGUCGCCAGUCUCGUCUUGCCAGUCAGAACGCCAAGGGUGCUUACGCCCAGGUCUCUUCUUCCGCCGCCGCCGCCCAGCAGAGCUUGAGCGAUGCUCUUCUCGACUCGUGGUCGGACUCUCAGAUCAAGGAGUGGGCCGACAAGAACGGCAUCAAGGUUCCUCAGGGCUCCAAGCGUAACGAGUUGAUUGCUCUUGCCCGCAAGCACCGUGCUCGUCUGUAUGGCGACUCUGCCUCUGCUACUGCUGCCUCUGCCUACGGCGCUGCUACUUCCAACGCGAACAGCGCCGCAGCCCAGGCUACCGAUGGCUUUGCUUACUACACCAACCUGAUCAAGAACCAGUUCGGCAUUGCCACUGACGCUGCUGCUGCCUCGGCCAGCUCUGCCUCCAAGGUCGCUACCGCUUCCGCUAGCUCCGCCAAAGGCCAGGUCAAGUCUGCCACCGGCGCCGCUGCUAAGGCUGCUUCGUCGUCUUCGUCGUCAAUCUCCAAGUCGGUUGCUUCCGCUUCCGCUGAUGCGUCCAAGUCUGCUCAGAGCGCUGCCUCUGCUGCAUCCAAGUCUGCUCAGUCUGGAUACGAUGCCGCUGGUGCCUCUGCCAGCUCUGCCAGCGCCAAGGCAUCCAAGGCCUCUUCGGCUGCUAAGGACGAGUUGUAA